ACAAAUGUAUUCAAUAAUUAAAUAAAUGUCACGUAGUCCUUGAUACCUUUAAUAUGCGUAAAUAUUUCUAUGUGUGUGUGCGUAUAUAAGAAAAAAGGACACAUUUAAAGUUCGUUUGUAUCUUGAAAUAUAUUAACCUUAGGAGAAAAUUUCUAGUAUUUUACAGUAACCAAAUUUUUUUUUCCACUACGUUCUCCUCGUUCAAACUAAUCUUUUCAGGCGCAUAUAAAAAUAUAUUAAAAAUCGUAAAAUUAGUCGAAUUGAAUAUAUUCAUUUUGCACAAUGAAGUGGUUCGAAGAAAGUAUACAUCUUGCUGUACAUAAAUCCAAAACAACCAAAGCAAUUUUCGUUGUUUUCGUCGAAGGAAAAGAUGAUGCCUCGGCUCAGUUUUUACAAGUAUUAAAUGCUACCGAAGUUUCAAAAUGUUUUGAUAAUGAAAAUUUUGUUGCUGUUAGAUUAGAAAGUGGUAGCGAACAAUACAGAUUUUUUGCACAGAUUUAUCACCUUGUUCCAGUACCAUCUUUAUUCUUUAUCGGUGUCAAUGGUAUACCACUUGAAAUUGUAGUUGGUAGUACUACUACAACUGAGCUUAUAUCCAAAAUUGAAUCUGUUUUAAUUAAAUCUGGAAAGAAUUGUUCAAAUAGUUCAUCUGAUUUAAUUGAAUCAGAAAAAAAAUCUUCAGAUUUGACUAACACACCAGAUACUUCUACCAGUGAAGUAACUGCUGAUAUAGAAAAAGUUACAGAAAAGGAAGAUGUACCAGAAAAAUUGACAGAAACUGUUACAAAGACAGAGGUUGAAAAUAAACCAGAAGAAAAUGCAUCUACGGAUGUAAAGGAAGCAGAUGUAAAAGAAACAGAUGUACCAACUACCAGUAACGAAACUAAGGAAGAAAGUGAUACGGAUUUAACGAUGCAGGAAAAGUUAGAUAGAGCUAGACAAUUGAUAGAAGCACAGAAAAAGCAGAGGCAAGAAGAGGAAGAAAAGAAACUUAAGGAAAGAGAAUUGGAACGUCGUAAGUUGGGACGAGAAAUACAAAAGAUGAAACAAAUGCAACAAGAUUGGCAAGUGAAAAAAGCUCAAGAAGAAAGAAGGAAGGAAAAAGCAGCUGAAAAUGCUGCCAGAGAAAAAGUAAGAUUACAAAUAGCUCAAGAUAAACUUGAACGAAAACAAAAGGAAUUAGCUUUGCAACCUAAACAAUCAUCACCAGCACCUGCAGAACAACCAAAUCCACGACCAGCUUGGGUAACUGAUGCUACUGUUACCAGAAUUCAAUUUAGAUUACCAUCCGGUAAUCCUCACAUGGCACCAUUUUCACCAUCAGAUACUUUAAGUGUUUUACGCACUUAUGUUACUGAAAAUAUUGACUUACCUUUCCGUCAAUUUGUCAUGUCAACUUCAUUUCCUAGAAGAAAUUUAAACGAAGAGGACGAUAAGAAAACUCUCUUAGAAUUGGAAUUGGUUCCAGGAGCAGUGAUUUUAAUUCUACCGUUAAAAACUAAUAAUACGAAAGCAAAUACAACAUCUGUAACAUCGGCUCAAGAUGUUGGUUUCUUUUCGCGUUUCAUGUGGUCUCUAUUUGCUCCGGUAAUUGGCAUAUACAAUUAUUUGAUGGGAUAUUUUAAUGGGACAUUAAAUGGCAAUACAGAUUCAAAUAACGAAGACUCUGCUAAUACCUCGAAUGUUUCUAACACCAAUGAGGAAUCAACUUUUCCAAACUUACAACAUAUAGCUCGAUCAACAGGACGAAAUUUUAGCAAUUUAAAUGGUGCAACGAUCAGAGCUCAAGGUAAUAUACACAGACUACAUACUGAUGGAGAUGAUAAUGAUGAAAAUAAUACUUGGAAUGGCAAUUCGACGCAACAAAUGUGAAUGAUUUAGAAUUAAAAUUACAAUGCGCCAAGUGUACUACCUAUAACUAUUACUACUAUUAUUAUUAUUAUUAUUAUUAUUAACAAUUUGUUAAAUGA